AAUCCGCAAAGCAUAUCUGGCGCCAAACUCGCCUGCCACCCCAGCGCCACCUUGCGGGAGUUCUCGUAUCCACCGCCAUUCAAGGUCAAGGCUACACUGCCAGCGGCCGGCAAGCCGGCAGCUCAGCUGACCAGAACGAGCGGGCGAGCCGGCACCACGACGCGUUUGUUGACACUUACCGGCGAAGAUUGACGGUUAAACCGUUCUUCAUUUCGUCUACUGCGCCGGUUUGACAGCCGCUCGCCUCAAAAUGCCGCGAAAUGUGGAAAUUAAAGCUGUCAUCAAGAACUUCGCGUCGUUCCUUCUCAAGGCAGAGGAACUUAGCGGCUCUGCCGGGAAAACGUUUAAACAAGUGGACACAUUUUUCCAAGUCCCCAAUGGUCGACUAAAGUUUCGCGAAGAAGAGGGACGCACACCACAGCUGGUCUUCUACGACAGACCAGAUGAGGAGGGUCCUAAAUUGAGUAAUUUUGAAUGUUGUGAACUGCCUGUGGGUACUAAUCUGGUAUCUGUGCUCAGUCAAGCCAUUAAUGUUAAAGGUGUACUGAAAAAGUCCCGAACACUUUGUAUGAUAGGCCAGACUCGAGUUCAUAUUGACAGAGUUGAGGGUCUUGGUGAUUUUAUGGAACUUGAGGUGCAAUUGACAGAGGAACAAACUGUUGAGGAAGGUGACCGUAUUGCGAAGGACCUCAUGGAAAAGCUUGGCGUGUCCAAGGAUGAUUUAAUUCAAGGAGCCUACAUGGAUCAUGUAUUGAAGAAGAAAUAAACUGGAAACGAAGUCAGGUUUGAAAGAAGAAUAAAGUAAGAUACUAAAAAGAA